CUGAUAUGAACUGAACAGGUAGUAAAUACGGGUUUACAAAGGCUGCAAUGGAGGUGGUUAAAGAAAGUGCUGCUAUGCUGAGCAACUAUGAGGUGCAUGCUCUGCUCAAAGAAUUACAGGCAGGGAGCUCUCAGAGAGGGAAGAAGAGCAUCAGCAAAAAAAAGCAGAACCUUGCCACCAUAUCCUAUGAGACAAUCAAAUACCUUGAGAAUACUCCAUGUGGACUUCAAACUCCUGAGGUCGUAGAGAAGUUCCUCCAAGCUCUCGCUCCCUACAAUCUCACAAAAUCUGAAAAACUGCAACUUCUUAAUCACAGACCAAGUACCUCAGUAGAAAUAAUGGCAAUGGUAGAGGAAUGCGAAGAGCGCUUGUCAGAGGAUCAGAUGGAGUCUCUCAUCAAAGUAAUCACCUCCAUGUUACCAGGAGAGCAGGAAGAAGAAGGUGCAGAAGGAGAAGAAGGAGAGGAAGGAUAAACCAAGGCUUUCAUCUAAAGUGAUUUAAUAUAUCCAUCUUACAAAGAGGACAAAAUGAAGUUGAACUGGUAGAAAUGAUAGAAGGAAAGACAGGAAGGAUUUUUAAAGAUGGUCACCUCAAACUUACAAGAAAAAGUGUAAGUUGAAGAAGAUGUUCUAUGAAAGCUCUUCAUGCAUGUGAUCGCAUCCAUCUCUCCAGGUUAACAGGAAGAAGAAGGCACAGAAGAAGAAAUACAGGAAGGGGAAGAAUAGAUGGAUUGCAUUGAAGGAGAGAAAGAUAGAAAGUUUUUUUAGUCUGGACUCAUUAAUAUGAAACACCAUGGGACAACAUGUGUGCCCAGAUGAUCGGACUUAAAAAAAGAAAUUCUAUGUGUGUGUCAGACCACUCAUUUUCCUCUCAUUUGUUUAAUUACCACUUGAGGAGAGAAACACCUCACAGCAUCUCAGUACGGCUAGUAUAUUGAUAUUCAACAGUCACUGUAAGUCAAAAAGAAAUCUGGCGAACAAUCUUUUGAGGAUUUACCAUAACUAUAUGACCCUUUAAAGGGAGAGUCUGCCCCAUCAUAUUUGAAUAUGUUACCCUCAUUUGAAUUAAACCUUAAGACUAAUUGACUGUGUGUGUUCGGUAUUAGUUAUGCUUUGAUAUAUUCAGAAGUAAAAGAAUAGACUCCAUAUAACUGUAUUAUGAAAAUAAUCGAUCACCAAAAAAAUGGUUGAAUAUUUUAGGGUAGCCAAUUCCAUCAUUUCAAAUACCGCCCUACUGUUUUUACAUUUUUGGUAUAGAAAGACCACAUCACCUAGUUUUGAAGCUAGUGGAAUAAAUAUUAAUAUAUUUUUAAUAUGAAA